AGCGGACAGCCCUGUUGGGUGGGCGGAUCGCAGCGGUGACAGCAACGCACAGAGACUCCAGACCUUAAAAGUGUCAAAAAGCGGACAACUGACGUCAUGGCGGAGUUAGACCUGAGUCUAAGUGACGCGCUGGCAGAUCCUCCUCAGACGGGGCAGGUGGAGAGCCUGGUGGAGCGGGACUUUAUGGCUCAGCUGGAGGCAGAGACCUUCGACGACAAGGUGGGGGAGACGGUAGGAAAGACGGACUACAUCCCCCUGCUGGACAACGUUGACACCAGGGCAGACACGGGUUCUGCAUUGGAGAAUGGAGAGCAGGAAGCUCAUGGGGUGCAAAAGCCUGGUUGUAAGCUGACCUCAGGGGGACAGAUAACAGCCUCACGCCCAGAACCUCAAGGAGAGGUGCGGCCACUCCCACUUGACCAGCAGCAGGCCGCGGCCACAGAUUUCUUAUCAGCCUCCAUGGCAGGUUAUAUAGAUCCUCUGGACUCUCAGAGCAGCCCUGCCCAAAUGAUGGAUACUGGCCUGAUGGGAGCUUUCUCAGGUUUCUCCCAACCUGGAGGGAAGGGGGUCACGUUGGAGAUAGGAGCAGCAACUCUCCAAGCAGACAGGCCCCCAAGUAUAGCAGAGCCCCAGCACGCCACAUCCCCAGCAGGGUUAGAGGCCUCUAAAGAACACGGCCCCAUGCUGCCUGAACCCCAGGUUCCUCGCAGCCCUGCAGCCCUGACAGCAGGUGCCUUAGCCGACAGCUGGAUUGACCAGGCUGGCUGCCUGUCUUCAGACCUCCCUUUCUCUCCCAGCGUAAAUACGAUGAUCAGUCGCCAUGCAAGCCAAUUUGCAGCCAGCCCUGAUGACCCCCCCGACAUUUGUCCUAGCCGAGAGAGCACCGCCUAUGCUGGGGGUGAUGAAAGGGAUACAGAGGGGUCGGACCGAAAACAGAGAAAGAAGAAGAAAAGGCGCCAGAAAGAUGAAGGAUCUUACGAGAACCUGGAGAGCAGGGGUCACCCUGAGAUGCAAGCACUGGGAGAAAACACUCCCCCGACAGAGGAGUUCUUCCAGAGAAUUGGGCCAAGGCGGGAUAGAGGAGAGGGAGGCUGGGAGGAGCAACUUGGGAAGAGUGGAGGCCGAGGGAAGAAGGGGAAGAGCAGGAAGAAGCUUCCAGAGGAGUGGGGAGUGAUGGCAGAACCAUUUGUUCCUUCAUCUGCAGCCACUUCUCAGAUGACAGAGGAGGUGAUGAUGGAUUUAGGGAGUUCAGCUCCGGCAAACCCGGAGGCCUCAUUCACAGAAGUGGACACCAGCCACAGUCCCUGGAAAAAGGAGGUCUACCCAGAUGAAGGUCUGGUUCCUGCCCCCCUGUCCGAAGACCUGUUCUCCCUAACAGGUGCUCCCAUUGGUCCACUGGCUCUGAACAGCGAGCUUAAAGCUACAGCAGCUCCGUUCACCAUGCCCUCAACGGCCAACAAUGCAACACUUGGUUCGUCUCCCAUGACACCUCACCUUGGUGAUGAAGUUGAUCUCUUGAUGGAAUCCGAGAAUGCCAGUUUGGGCAACAACAGCCAGGCCUUUUGUCCAUCUUUCUCUCCAGACGAUGAAGUGUGUGGUGACUUGGUUGACAGCGGGAUGUUUGGCAAUACCAGUUCCCUCCAAGAGUCAUUUAUGCAAGUCAUGCCUGAGGAAGACACCUCAGCCUUCAGCCCUGCCUCGCAGUCAAGUCCUGGCGUUUCACCUAAGGGUGAGGUGUUAGCCUCAGCUCCACCUCUUUCACCGUCAGAUGCGUCGUGGCUCCUGAACGACUCGCAGGUUAGCAGCAACAGCGAGAUUUUUGACUUCAGUGACAUCGGCCCUUCAGGUCCUCCUUUGCGCUUAGGGUUGUCCUUUAACACCCCAAGCCCAGCACCUCUCCGCUCCCCCAAAACCACAGCACAGGAAUUCCAACAGAAAGAGCACAAAGAUGAAACAUCGUCCCAGAAACAAUCCAAGAAGUCUCGUUCUUCAUCGUCCUCAUCCUCAGCAAAGAGUCCCACCUCGCCAGGAGCAAAGAAGCUCCCUCUGCAGGCGUCCCCUGUCGUCAGCCCCUCUUCCCCUCCCUCGGUCAGCCCUCUGGGUACUCCAGGAUCUGGUCUUAACCCUGCAGCUAAGCCCUUCUUUCCCAGCUUUGCUGACCCCUUGGAGGAGCCAGCUGUGGUCCCUCCACCUGCCCCCACCAUUGAAGUGAAGUCAGACAAUACGUCAGAGAAGAAGGAGGACAAUCUGGAGGAUAGUGUAAAGAAGACGGGCCACUUUGAACCUCUGAACAAAGCUGACGAACGGGGUGUGAAGGUCGAAUACGAAAGCACUGAGACUCCAGCAAAGGUGGAGAAAGAAAUGGAGAAGGAAACGCAGAAAGACACCGGGAAAGAGAAGGAGGUGAAAAUUGAGAAGGAGGACGAAAAGGUGAAAGUAACAGAGGAAGAAAAAGUGAAGGCAGCUGAAAAGCAAGCAGAAAAGGUGGAGGAGCUGAAGAAGGAGACAGAAAAAGAGACAGAGAAAGUGGAGUCAAUGCAGCAGAAAGAGGAUAAAAUGACCAAGGCUGAAGAAUCACUGGAUAAAUCAGUGAAGACAGAGAAAGUAGAAAAGGUUGAGAACAAAGCUGAGAAAAUGGAGAACGUGGAAAAAAUUGAUAACAGUGAAAAGGUGAAAGUGGAAGAAAAAUCCGAGAACAAAAAUAUUGAGAAGCUGGAGAAGACAGCGAUGAAGGACGACAAAGAGCACAUCGAAAAGACCCCAGAGCCACAGUCGACAGCCGUCAAGUUAGAUACUAGCUAUGACAAACUGGAGAAGGAGGCUGACAGAGAGACAAAGGCGACGGUAGUGGUGGAGGAAACCAAGAAAGAGAAGGCUGAUGUGGACGAAGCCCAGGAGAUGGAGAAAGAGGGCGAGCCAGAGAAACCGUCCGACAAGCCGGCAGAGCAACCAGAGCAGAAGAGCGAAAAGCAAGAGAAGCAGGACCAAAUGCAGCCCGAAAACAAGACUGUAGAGAAAAAGGAUGACAAGAAGGACAAGGCAGUAAAGGCAGAUGCAGGAGAGAAGGCCAAGAAAUUGAAACCUCUAGCCAAUGGAAGCAGCACGACACCCAACAAAGACCUGGCAGGUGCAGACAAGAAGACCAAGCCCGGUGCCGGGUUGACCAAACCGAGCGCCGCUGCCAAAAUGCGGCCAAGCUCCACAGUUGCUAGCAGUGGUUCGCUCGCAGCCCCUACUAAGCGCCCCACACCCUCCUCCACCACCUCCAGCUCAGACAAAAAAGCAACCACAGCAAGGGCACCCUCCACAGCCACCGCGGGCCUAAAGCGGCCCUCUACCGGCCCUGCCAGCCGGCCCUUGUCAUCCACCGCAACCACCGCCACACGUGACGUCAAACCCAAGACGACCAUUGAGAGGCGUCCCCUCGUGCCAAAGGCAAGCACUGCCACCCCUAAUCAAACAGCCCCCACUGCUGCCACCAAAAAUGGAACGGCUACCACAGCAGCCAGUAAAACCACCACAUCAGUGCGCACGUCACUGACUGCUCGCACCAGCGCCACUGCACCCAAGAAGCCUCUGGUUCCGAAGACAAUCAGCAAACCAGGAGAAGAGAAGAAGCCCAGCACUCUGAGGACUUCUGCAGCUGACUCGACCAAGCCCAAGACCACCACCCGCAGCGCUGGUGCCCCAACCACCACCACCACCACCAGCACUGCCUCACGCACUCGAAUUACAGCAGCCAAACCGGCCACAUCAUCCUCCAGCACCGUACCAGAGAAAAAGCCCACGGUGCCCCGCGCCCCCCGGGCCGCUUUCUCUACCACAGCUACCGCCGCCUCCAAGACUGCGACUCGUCCCAGCACAGCGCCGACCACUGACACCCGCAACGUCCGCUCCAAGAUCGGUUCUACAGACAACAUGAAGCACCAGCCUGGAGGAGGGAAGGUGUCAUCUGCCUCUCAGAUCAGGGCUGUUGCCUCCAAAGACACCAGCCAGGGCAAAGUUCAGAUAGUCUCCAAAAAGCUGGACUUCAGCCACGUCACCUCCCGCUUGGGCUCCAAGGACAAUAUGAAGUAUGUUCCUGGUGGAGGGAAUGUGCAGAUACUCAACAAGAAGGUGGAUUUGAGUAAGGUGACGUCAAAGUGCGGCUCCAAGGACAACAUCAAAUACAAGCCUGGUGGCGGGGACGUGAAGAUCGGGUCCCACAAGGUGAACUUUAGGGAAAAGGCUCAGUCCAAAGUGGGCUCCACUGACAAUCUGAGCCAUUCACCUGGUGGAGGGAACAUUAAGGCUGAGGGGGGCCAGGAGACAACUGAGGGGAAUGGGACGCCCCUGAGUGGCACCCAGGCCCCAGCCCCAAGUCUUGAGGCAGGGGAGGCUGGGCACCUCCCUGCCCACGAGAAUGGGCUAAAGGACGGGGCUCCAUGUGAGAGCGAGAGUCUCCGGGAGCCCCAGGCCCUGGACUCGAGCAUCCCAGAGACAAGCAUCUAAUUCUGCUGUCCUUCUGCCCUCCUCAUCUCAACCCCCCCACAACUUCCUCUUCUCCCUCUCCCCACCUCUUUCUUUUAUGUAACUUUUAUUUAACCCUUUAUUCCCGUCCCCCUCUCUCUCUCUCUCUCUCUCUCCCUCUAUCCCUCUCUCCCUCUAUCCCUCUCUCUCUCUCUCUCUCUCUCUCUCUCUC